AGAAAAGUACAUAUUGUCUGCCCAAAAUUUGCGCAUCUCUGUGAAACUUCAUUUCAUUCCCAGAAACUUACAUCAGCGACAAAUCAGCAUGGAGACUUUCGCCUCAAAGGAUGUAGAUGCCUUUUCUAGGAUAAUGCAAUUCACCCCAACCUUGCGCCGUGCAGUAUACGAAGCCAUUUCACCCAAAAACCCCCAGAACAGUGCAAGCGGAAAGAAUGUAUUGAUUACUGGGGCUACACGAGGAAUUGGCAAGGGCAUUGCUAUGACUUGGGCUCAAGCUGGCGCCAGUGGAAUUGUCAUCACAGGACGGAACAAAGCUGCCCUUGAUACUACUGCCGAAGAAAUCAAAAAUAUCUCGCCCGACACAAAGGUACUCGCUGUGACUGCAGACGCCACGUCUCCCGAAGAUGCGAAGAAGUUGUGGUCUGAAGUCAGAUUCGGGAUGGGCCUAAUUGACGUACUCAUCUGCAACGCUGGCGUUCAUUUUGAGAGCGACGAUGGUAGCCCACGAGUUGGCGAUAUUGAUCCUGAACGCUGGUUUUCUGUGCUGAGCACCAAUAUUUUCGGUCCCCACCUACAUACAUACAACUUCCUUCAGCAAUAUCUUUCCGAGGGAAAGGCACCAAUCGGAACUGUCGUUUUGAUUAGCUCUGGUGCAGCUCUGUUCGCCCGUCCUGGCGGUUCCGCAUAUUCAAUUAGCAAGGGUGUGAAUGCUCGCCAAGCAGAGGCCUUACAUAUUGAAUACCCCGGUGUUCGUGCAUUCUCAGUCCAUCCAGGUAUGGUGGACACCGACAUGGCCAUGGCCCCCGUUAGACACAUGGCUAUAGAUCCUCCUGAACUUGCGGGCUCCUUUACACUGUACUUGAGCACGCCAAAAGCAGACUUUUUAAGAGGUAAAUAUCUCAGUGUGAAUUGGGAUGUAACAGAGAUGGAAGCUCGCGCACCAGAGAUCAAAGAGAAGGGAUUAUUAAAAUUGACAUUUCUGAAUGCAAAAUUAGGGCCAGGAGGGCACCCUUUUGAGACUGCUGUACUAUAGUAGUACCAAUCUAU